GGCAAUGCUUUUGAUGGUGAGACCGCAAGUGGAACACAAUUAACAAAUCUAAUUGGAAUAAGUUUAAUAAUUUUAUAAUGUUUUAAUUGUUUUACUGUGAAUCUGAAUAACUGUUGAAACAAUUUAAGUACCAUGGAGAUUGGAUUUGGUAAAAGUUUCUCAUUAAAACGAGAGAUAUCAAGUGGAUGUAGAUCUUCAAUACUCACGGAUAAAAUUGAUUUUCGUUCUUUUUCUGGUGAUGAUUCUCUUGAGAAAAAGAUCGACAGUUACGGGAAAUACACUGUCCUUACUCCGGAUCAACAGCAAACCAAAUGGAUAAUACCCAAGAAAAUAGAUGCGGAGAAAAGUGUUGAAACAAAUAAAUCCAUCAAAUUACAAGCCUCUAAUGGCUGUUUGACUCCUUCUUAUGACGCUAUCGGACCUCGUAAAGUUAUUGUCUUUAAUAAAAAAAUUCAUCUCGAUUGGAAACAGGUUAAUAAAGUAGGUGCUGGCCUUGUAAAUCUAGGAAAUACAUGUUAUAUGAACUCAGUCUUGCAAUGUUUAACUUAUUGUCCACCUUUAAUCAACUACCUUCUUUACACCGGUGAUGAUCACCAUUCACAUUGUAAAUUGUCGUCUUUCUGUAUGAUUUGUGAAUUCCAUCAGCAUGUUCUGCGUUCCUACAACUGUCCAAAUGGAGCCAUUAAACCAUCAAAUAUACACCUGAGACUUAAAUCAAUAGCGAGACAUUUUCAUCUAAAUCGACAAGAAGAUGCUCAUGAAUUUUUACGUUAUGUUUUGGAUCAUAUGUGGAAAAGUUGUACCACUAACUUUGAAUUGACUCAUAAUACUAUCAAAUUAGAACCAAGGAGUAAGGAAACGACUGUGAUUAAUGAAAUUUUCGGUGGUUAUCAUCGAAGUCAAGUAACUUGCUCGGUUUGCAAAUCAAAAAGUGACACCCACGACUAUUUUAUGGACUUUAUUCUUGAUAUCAAGGAAAUCAGUAACUUAGAAGAUGCGUUCAGAAAAUUCACUCACCCUGAAAUCCUUCAAAAUGAUAAUGCUUAUAAGUGCCCUAAUUGUAAAAAGAAAGUCAUGGCGACCAAAAGAUUCACUGUUUACAAGCCGCCCAAUGUAGCGACCAUCCAAUUCAAGCGAUUUGAUUAUAAUCGGAUUUACGGGGGUAAAAUUACUAAGAAAAUAGCUUAUCCUGAUACAUUCAAUAUUAGACCAUUUAUGUCAGACUCUAAGGGGCCUCCAAUUUUAUACAAAUUGAAUGCUGUUCUAGUGCAUUUAGGGUCCACUUCUAAUUCUGGACAUUAUUAUUGUUACGUAAAAGCUUCAAAUGGCCUUUGGUACCUCAUGGAUGAUGAUAGAGUCAUUAAAGUCAAUAUUAACCAAGUGCUUGACCAACAAGCUUACAUAUUAUUUUAUGUUCGCUGGUUGAACAUUAACAAUGGCUCAUCAGAUUUCAAGAAAAUGAAUUUAAAUAACAAUAACAACUCUAAUCAAGUAAAGACAAACGGAAUUUUGGAUAACUGUCGUUCUAUUACUGUUUAUCCAAACGGCAAUGGAAAUAUCAAUAAUAUUAACAAUUCUAAUAAUUCUAAUAAUAAUAUUAAUAAUAAAUUGACCAACGGAGGAUCACCAUUUUGCAACUCAAACAACAAAAUCAAUGUAAAUGGAAACCGUUUGCCAAUUGUGUCCGAUGAUAAACCUUCAUCAACUGGAAGCUCAGAAAGUGAUACUUUACCUGGACAAACACGGCUAAUGAAAAUAUCAAGCAAUUCCCUAGUAGAUUAUGAUGACGAUUCUUCCGACGAUGAUUCGGAUUCUUCUAAUCCAGUUCAAAAUGGUUUCACCAAGAUAAUGAAUCCCAACAAUCAGCUAAACGGAAUUACCUCCAAGAAGGCGGAGAAAAGAUUGAGAAAAUUGAAGAAAAAGAACAAACGAAAAGAUAAACGAAAACGAAAAAGGUAUUCAGAUGAAUUAGAAUGGGUAGAAAGGACUAAGGAGACUGUAGAAAAAGAGAGAAGAAUAAAACAUCAGAUAUGAGUUUAAUUUUCGAUCUCCCAACAAAAACUCCAAUCACAAAAUGGUUCAUUUCAUUUCUCCCUAAUUGUCGAGAAGAAACAAAACAAAAUCUUAACUGUCGAACUGCUGAUGAUCAACAAUCGAAUGAAAUUUCGAAUCAUUUAUCAUCAUUCUAUCAGAGAUUCUCUAUUCCAAGUGACCCGUGAAAACAAAUCGAUUUAAUUUCUCAUCAUAUUAAUCUACUAAUUAUCUGGAUCAUAAGUUUUAAAUCAUCGAAAUUGAUUUUUAAUUAUGAUCCUCAUCUCGGUUAUCAAAAAGCUUCUUUCUUACCUUUUGGAUCAUUUUGUUUUCGGCAAAUCAGUUUAAUCGUCAUUAAAUUGCUGAAAAACUCUUGGAGAAAAGACCCUGAUGGAUUAGGUGAUUCAAGGUGAUGAUCAAUUGGUUAAUUAAAUUUGAUUUGAUUUCGCGAUUUAAUUACUACCACAGCUAAUAUGCCAAAUAUGUUAUUUUAUUAAUCUCGCAAGAAAAAAACACUGAUCACUUUGUUCAUCAUCAUGAAAUCAUCAACAGCUUGGCCUCUGUUUUAAAUCAUUUCCAUGACAAUUAGUUACCAUAUCAAGUUGAUCGUUAAUCAUAUUGGUUAAACAAUUAAACCCCGAUGCGGUAAUUAACCAUCUCCCAACAAGAAACAAUUAAGGUUCAUCCUUUGAUUCCUUAAUUCAUUUCUUAAUCUAUUUUGUUUAAUAUUAACCAAUUGUUUCGGGAAAUAAACGAAUGACAAACAAGUAAACAAAACAAUUAAAUUAUUUUUCAAUUGC